CGGCGUUCAGCGCAUAUAGGUAGUCGUGAGAGGAGUCAGUCGGUGACGGGUUGUGUCUAGUGCUGUAGUGAACAGUUCGGUCGAGCCGCUUGUGUUAAAAAAUGAGCUGGCAGGAUUACGUUGACAAGCAGCUGCUCGCGUCUAGGUGUGUUACUAAAGCUGCGAUCGCAGGACACGAUGGCAACCUCUGGGCAAAGUCCGAAGGCUUCGAAGUAAGUAAAGAGGAGCUGGCGAAAUUGGUCCAGGGAUUCGAGGAACAGGAUAUUCUGACGUCGUCGGGCGUCACCUUGGCCGGCAACAGGUACAUUUACCUGUCGGGCACGGAUCGAGUGAUAAGGGCAAAACUCGGCAAGGUCGGCGUCCACUGCAUGAAGACGACGCAAGCCGUAGUCGUCUCCCUCUACGAAGACCCCAUACAGCCACAGCAAGCCGCGUCGGUCGUUGAAAAACUCGGCGACUACCUCGUGUCCUGCGGCUAUUAGUAACCUCUGGGACCCAACACAAAUAUCUAAUAUUAAUACUAAACGAUACGAUCGAUUAUUUUACUGAACAGCGAAUGGAAUGCGUCAUGCCGCACGGAGUCGCGCCGGAACUGCCGCAAGCUUGCCGCGCGACACUCGAUGAGAAGCAACAACCACCACCAAACCAUCAACAGCUAUCAUACUCCAGUCGUCGUUCUCUCCUCUUCGAUUUGACGCGACAUUUGGGAACAAAAUGAGCGCGCGAGAUCUCUGAACAGUUGUAAUACGCACACACAGAACCACUUGGAGCACACACACAUAAUAUACAACAGGGACAAACAACGCCGAAUAAAUUUUUCGAAUUACGGCGAAACACACUCACACGCGAUAUUUUGUGCGCAUCCGCGAUCAAUCGACAGGAUAUAACAUUCGCUUUUUGUUAUUGGUUGUUUCCGUUUCUUCUUUUUUUCCAUUUGCAUUGGUUCGUCUGCGAAAUGGUACCGGCAACAACAGCAACAAUAUUUCAAAGAAGAUUCAAUCUCUUUUGAGUUGUUAUCAAGCGUACGCGCACAUGCCAGGACACACACAGACACUAACCCAAGCACACAUACACACACACACGCGCGCGCGCGUACGAUUCACGAAAGAACACGACAAGGUCACAAAUAAACGCGCGACACAACAAAAAUAGGGGGAAUCACAGAACACACACACAAACACACACACACACAAAGCAUGCAUUAAACAUAAGAAAUAACGAUAAUAAGUAAUAGUAAACUAUUGCGUUAGAUUUACAGUCUUUUUUGUAGAGAACGAAAGGAUGCGAGAGAUAGAGGAUGGGUGAAAGACAGCGAGCGCCAGAAAUAGCGAGAAUCGAGAGAGAAAAAUGGAAGUCAGAGACAGAAUAAAGGGCGUAAAAGAGGAAUACGAGUGUGCUCGAGGGAAGUAAAACCGGCGAGUCUGUGCGGGAGGGAGAGAGAAAGAGAGGAGAACGAAUGAGAGAGGGGGAGGACAGAGAGCGCGAGAGAAAAAUAUGUAAGAAAUGGAAGCGUUACGCGAGCGUCGGAAGAGUAAUCCGCAACGCGUGGAGGAAGGAGCGUCGAUUCUAAGGAUUAAACGAGGGAGGUGAUGAAGAAAAGAAGAGAUAAGAGGUGUCUGGAGGUGCGCGUAGAGGGAUGAUGAACGCCGAUGACAAAGAACGAGAGGAUGAACGGCGAAGGCAACCGGGCGUUGAUAACGACACGACGACGAUGACGAUUAUAACGACGCAGGCGAGCGUGCGGCAGCGGGUGAAACGGGACGGAUUGGCCGCAGUCCUUGGCCACCUCCCCCCUCCCCCCACCAACCCCCAAACCCUAAAAUCGAUACAGUCCUUUUAGCUAUUUACUGUCUUUAUUAUUGCUAUGUGUAAGAAUGAAAACCACGAACGAUGUGUCAUAAUUGCUGAGACUUUUAUCGACGAGAGGGUGAUACAGAAAAAAAAAACGGGUGGGGCGUGAUAAAAGAGGGAUGAGAGAGUCGCGAGGCGUAACGUCAGAAUGGUGUACGUGAGCGCGCGCGACCACGCAUAUACAGAGAAAACACAUUUACACCGAUUGCGAAAGUUGAAAGACGGAGCGUGUGCACGGUAGCGAUUCUCUUGUGCCUUUUGAUUCGGCACGAAGAAACCUUUCAAAUUUACGCGCACUUACCAUUUUCUUACCUCUCGUAUUUUCGUCGGGGACGGGUGAAAUUUGAUUCGUACGAUAGAUAACGAAUAUAGUGUAUCAAUAUUCGCGACGUUUAUUCGAUUAAACGGUUACAUUCUUAUUUGUUCGUAGUAAAAUAUAUAUUUCAAUCCGUAAUUCAAGUAAUAAGUUUUUAUUCGACGAGAAACGGAUAAACGGUUGUUUAUCUUUCAUUCGUUAUUCAAGAUUUCUAUCUAUCUAGAUGAGAAUUUUGCACGUCUUCGAUUCUCUUUCUUUCUUCCUCCGUAGGUUUGAUCGCUGUUCUCCCGCGAAUUGAUUAUAGGUGGAAAUUGUUAUUGGUGAUAUAUAUUACGUUUUCAGUAUAGAUUCAUGCGCCACGACAUAUUGUGCAAUCGCUCACAAAAGACACCAAGGAAUUUGAAGGCAUAUGAGCUUGAAACACACACGUGCCAACCAAACUUUGAGCGGUAUACGCAGAGAUGGGUAAAAUUUUAUUCGAGUAAUAGAUAACAAACAUUUAAUCAUUUGUACAGACAUUUAUUCGAUUGUAACGGUUUCAUUUUUAUUUGUUCAUUAUAAAAUAUAUAUUUCGACAUACAAUUGAAAUGUUAAUUUUCAUUUAACGAGUAAUGGACGAACGGUUCUUUAUCUUUUAUUCGUUAUUCGAAAUUUUCAUCAGGGUCAAGAAUUUUGCUCAUCUCUGUCGAAGAAGUUCUGAAAUAAAAUAGAUCGACGAGAAAUUCAAAAAUCCGAGAAGUAACUCGCGCCGCGUAGACGUUUCUCAUUUCGACUUGCGCAGCCUCGUACACGUUACACACCGAGAGACACACAUACAUACACACACUUCAUAGUCGCACACCAAUACACAAGACACGACACAAUACCGCUACCACUUAUUAUUACUAUAAUACUACUGCUACUACUAUUACUAUAAUUGGUUGCUUGUCGAUUCGUCUGGCGUCAAGCAGCAACCCAAACUACUAUGUAACGAUUUUUAUUGAUAACAAAGAAAGGAAUAAACAUUGAAAUAAUAAUUAUAAUAAAAGGUAACCCCCAGGCGUCGUCCAACUAUUCGCAUCGGUCUCGCUUUUUUAGAUUUCUUUUUGUUUUUAAUUUCGAGGAAAGGUAAUCCCAAUUGUGUUCCGUUCAAUGAUUUUUUAUGGGUCUAUCAGUGUUGGCCAAAAUGUAAAUUAUGAUUAUGAUUAGAUAAUUAUCGGUAAUCAUGAUUAACGAUUAACAUCUUGUCAUACCGUACAAUUUUCGUGAAUUGCACGUGGUAACAUCGCUUUACUUAAAAUUUCUUGCAAUAUUUUAGUAACACUAUAAUGUGUAUUGGAUUCGAUCAUUGGCAAAAUGAAAGACAAACUCUCGAAGGUUAUAAAAGUAUUCGGUAAUUUUUUAUUACGGUUAUAAGAAAUUGUUAAAUAAGACUGUUCUGUGUGUAAUUUGAUCAGUGUUUCUAAUCAUUAUUUUUCCCUAACGAAAUAAUUUAUGAAUAACUGUUUAUGUUAAAUGAAAAAGACGAGGAGUCCACGCAAAACUAGCAAACAUAAGUGAUCUUAAAUGUGUAUAUUCAUCGUAAAUUAAUUCCUAGUGCCUGUUAAUGUUAUCUUUAAUUUUUGGUUGCAUACAGUUAGUAUAAACAUGCUUUUUGUGUUUGUAAGCGCACAAUGCGGCGUGGCGCAAAAAGGAAGGUUCCCCAAUUGUUUGGUAAUGUGUUAAUGAAAAAUCAAACACGACUAGCUCUGAACGAUUACCAAUCCAAUAAAUCGUGAUUGCAUAUUACAAAUAUAGAUUAUGAUCGCUGAUUAGUUUGACGAUUGCGAGUGAUUAUUCGAAAAUAAAUCUCAAAGUAAUCACUGUCCAAUUCUAGCAAAACAUCAGGCGGUAAAACAUGGAGAGUAUAUAGUCCAGGCACUUUAAAUUUGAUUAUAAAAAUAUUUUUAUCAAGCUGAUUUUAGCAUAUACCUUUAUGCGGUCGUUAGAAAUCAUCAAAUUUAAAAAUCAGUUUUCCAUGAAUAUCUCGACAAUUAUUGUGUUUACUGUAAAAAUAGUUGUUAUCGAAGAUAAAUGAAACUUUUCAAAAGAGAUAGAUUAUAUUUUUUUAUAUAGUCGAUAGUUUACAUGUACCAUGACGUUAUAACUUCGAUAACAAUAUUCCACUUACCUUAGUUAACACUUAAAAUAUUUCAACAAUUAUGAGGAACAUAGAAAUAUAUAUCAAUUGCAAAAUAAAAUUCAUAACUUUCGCGUCAUUUUAUGGGUAAAUUAAGGACUAUUCGAAAAGAAACAUGUGGCAUGUCUUUUCUUAGACAAUUUCCUUAUUUUUAGUUUUCUUUUUCUCUCUAAUGACUAUUUUUGUAGUGAAUCCAACAAUUUCGUAUUAUUGCAACGGACUCGAUGAAAGUAUACGAAAGAAAUUCGUUUGAUGGAAAUAUAUUCAUAACGUACCGUGUAUUUUUGUCUAGAGUGACUGGACUAAUAACGAAAAGAGAACGCAAAAGUAGAAACAAGCAAUCGAAUGGAUACGGACACGAUACGGUUCAUAAACGCGCCAGAACUUCUGCCUCUUGAAACGCGAAGAGAGGGGCCCAACGGGGAAAGUCCCCACCCCGAGAAGAAGAAAGGCGUAAGAGAGAACGAGAGAGUGCGAGAGAAUGAGGAGAGUACACUUGUGUCGGUUAAAAAUUUAUUAGAUAUAACAUUGUAAAGCCGAUAUACACAUUUCUCUCAUGGUUCUUUUUGCAUACGUCGACAAAACGUUUUCGUAAUCGUAACAACAUUUAAUGUUUAAGAGAACAAUAAAUUUGUAUAAAGCGGUGCAAA